AUGGAAUACAAGACUCGACAGUGGCACGAGAAAUGUUUUUGCUGCGUCGUAUGCAAGAACCCCAUUGGUACAAAGAGCUUCAUUCCGCGAGAACAGGAAAUUUACUGUGCCGGUUGUUACGAGGAUAAAUUUGCUACUCGUUGUGUCAAGUGCAAUAAGAUUAUCACCAGCGGCGGCGUAACAUACAAGAACGAACCAUGGCACAGAGAUUGUUUCACUUGCAGCCAUUGUAACAAUUCACUGGCAGGCCAGCGGUUUACUUCACGCGAUGAUAAGCCGUAUUGCGCUGAAUGUUUCGGCGAGCUUUUUGCCAAGAGAUGUACAGCUUGCACGAAACCAAUCACUGGCAUCGGUGGCACACGCUUCAUCUCAUUCGAGGACAGGCAUUGGCACAAUGACUGCUUCAUCUGCGCUGGAUGCAAAACCUCACUAGUCGGACGUGGAUUCAUAACUGACGCGGACGACAUCAUCUGUCCCGAGUGCGCCAAACAGAAGCUCUCGGAAUGA